GCAUAAAUACAUCAACUACUCCCAUGUCAAUGUCAUCCCAGCUUGUAAUUUGUUACUCAGAGUAAAGCAAGCAACCCCACACAACCGAGGCCGACCCCGUCGAAAUUGGAAAAGUCUUUCCGAACGGCAGCAUCUUUACGUUUAGGAGGCGAGCAACGCCGAAACUUCCUGGUUUUGGACAAUUGAAGCAAAUUAUAAUGGCGGAUAUUUUUUCAGUGAAAUUCAGCCUGAAUUUCGCAGAAAGAAAACCCAGAAGAAAUUUUUUAAAAGACAAAAGAGAGAGAGAGGAGGAGGAGGCUCUCACUGGCUGGUUGAGGGCAGUUCAUUUGACUUGGAAUUUUGGAAGAAAAACCAAAAACCCAAAACUAAAGCUUUAGCUAGAACACCAGAUAUAGGAGGAGUUCAGACUUAUUUUUCAAAACAAAUUCAUUACCUCUUCUGUAUGUCUUCUCUUCUGGCUUUGAGUUUAUUCACUACAAUUCAGAUUGUGUGUGACCCUCAUGGUUUCUCAACAAGGACAAAUUAAUUGUCAUGCUUGAAUCUGAUUGUUAAGUUUGGAACUUUGUGCUGGAAGCCCAAGUUUUUGUUUUCUUUUUCGUUUUUGCUUUUGCUUUUCGGGACAAACUAUGUUGUCUGCAUUGACCACUAAAGUUCGACUGGUUAGAUGUCCCAAAUGUCGGCAGCUUCUUCCAGAGUUGCCAGAUUUUCAGGUCUACAUGUGUGGUGGAUGUGGUGCCACUCUCAAAGCCAGAGGAUUAGAUCGUUUGCCUUUGCUUGGUAAUGGUUCCCAUGAUGGCAACAGCGACCAUGACGAUCAACACUACUGGAAAACUGGCUCUGAUGAUUCCAGCCUCGGUGACUAUGACGAGCAGAUUAAUGUGGCAAGCGUAGUGUUUCAGGGCUCUGUUGAUUCCAAUCCGAGUGUGUCUCCUUUAGCUUCCAUUAGUGCCCGUGUGUUAAACUUAUUUGCUCAGGGCUCUGAUGACUUCAAUCCUCGCGUUAGCACUGACUAUGACGAUCGGGCACUCUAGCAAGUGCAGUGUUCAUAAUUGCAGGGCCCUUCCGGUUCAAAUCCUCCUGGGUCUGUUGCUAUUAACAUUGGCUUGCAGGUUGAAAAUAAUGAUCCACAUCACAGGACAAGGGUUACUUCCGUAGAGUUGACCUUUAUCCUUGUUGGUUUAGGAAAUUACGCCGAUUUCCCUAUAAACCAGAUUAGUGAGAAGCGAAAUAACAGAGGAAAUAAGACACACAAAUUUGAUAACGGAGUUCAGCCAAUUGUGUCUACGUCUCCGGACCUGCUGCAGAUCAUUUUACUGAAGGGAGAAAAUAUGCAAAGUGUUUACAACACUCACAGCUCACAACCCACCCCGAAUUAUACUAAGAAUUUUUCUCACAAAAAUUCUUUCACAAGCUGUUCUCUCAAAACUCUCUAAUUCUCUAAUACAAGGGAUGCAUUACAAA